CUAAAGGCAAAGUGCAUUUAGAACUGAGAACAAGAUGCACUUCUUUACACAAAGAGGAGUGGGUGUCCAGAACAAGCUGUCCACCCAUUACUGAAGAAGGUUCCCUUGAAUCUUUCAAGAACUGACAGAUGAGAUCCAGCAAUGGGACAUCCUUGAGUGUGUGGUUUGUGCUGGGCUCAGAUGACCCAACCUUUCUCCCUUCUGCGCAUGACAGCUCAACAAAAUCUAAGAAUACUGCUGCAAAUUAUAGUCAAAUUGUACCUCGACUCCGGUCAUUAUUAUAUUUCAUUGCUGUAAAGGCCUUUACUGUAAUAGCUAAUCCAUUUUAUAACUUAACCUCCUUGUUAAGAAUCCAUAGAAAUACAUAGUAUUGCACUGGCUAGAUGAAUUACAAUCUAAUAGCCUUAAAAUGUUAAUAAAUAAAGGAACAAUUCUAAUAUUUUUUUUUCAGGGAAAUUAGAAUCCAAAGAAUCAAGGAGGCUGCUGGUCUUGGAUUCUCCAUGAAAUCCGCCGGACGUAAACACCAGCCCACACAGACACCCGGGGUCGUUAAAAGACUAGAUAAAUUGCUUCUAAUUGGCCGGAGGCGUGAGCACUUCGGCGAGUAAUUACAGAGCAGCAGGGCGUCAUGGCUGGAGUCAGAUAGCAGCCUGUUGAGCACAAUCCCCUCCGGUAAUCCCUGGUCCCACAGUUCACUGCUUCAUCGCUCAGGAAUGACCCUGCCUGUUUGUCCGAUCUUAAUGCUGGAGCAAUCUAAAAGCGCAAAGCCAGCCCUGCCUCGAACUGUGACUCCAAACGCUUCUCCUAACCCCAGGCCUGACCACUGCUUUAAUCCUGCCAAUCUCCCUCAUGGCCCAGCAUGCAUCUGAGGAAUGCAAGAGCUGUGCUGUAUCGAAUGUCACUGAAUCAGCCCACCCCAGCGCUCCAGUUCAGCUCAGAUUAUUGUCAUAGGUACGAGUGCAAUGAAAUGCUUAUUUGCAUGUGUGCUCCAAUACAAAGACAUUAAGGAAACACCCCCAAAACAUAAACACAGAACAGCAGCAGCAACAACACGUUAAAUAACAUACAUGCAAGUAAAUAACAACAAACAUCACUGUGAGCCAGUGGUGGGGGUUGGGCUCAGUAAUCUGACAGCUUGUGGGAAGAAACUGGCUCUGAGUCUGGACGUUCGUACUUAUAUGCUCCUGUAACGCUUACCAGAGGGAUGGGGGGAGAAAAAUGAGAAACCAGGGUGACUGGUGUCCUUAGCGAUACUUCCAGCCUUCCUGAGACAGUGAGUUGUGAAAAUGUCCACAACAGAGGGGAGCUGUACCCCAGUGAUGGACUGGGCUGACCUGAUCACCCCCUGUAACGCCUUCCGGUCAGACGAGCUACUGCCAAACCACACUGUGAUCCCACACGCGAGCACACCCUCAACAGCGCACCUGGAAAAUGUGUCUGCAGCAGAGGGGAGCACAGGCGGCCACAGGGGGGCGCCAGACCUGACUGUGCCCUGGCCACCUCAAACUCUCCCAGAAAACCGGGGCAGGAGGAGGCUGGGACUGGGGCCCGGUCAGAGAGCCCGCCCCCCGAGACGGCCCGGUCACCUGUUGAUUUGUGUUUUUUUGGGGGUUCCCCAGACAGAGCAGUGGGGCAAGGAUGACCAGAAGCUUCUCAAGGCCGUUGACCAGGGGGAUGUGGGGAAGAUCUCGGCCGUCCUGUCCCGCCGGUCCGUACGCCCCACCAAGCUGGACGAGCAGGGCCGAUCCUCGUUCCACCUGGCAGCAUCCCGGGGGAUUGUGGAGUGUCUGGACCUGAUGCUGGGACAAGGAGUGGACACCCAGGCCAGAGACACAGAGGGAUGCAGUGCUCUACACUUGGCAGCGAGGUACGGCCAGCCUGAAAGCGUGAAAACUCUGCUACAGCACAAUGUGCCUGUGGACCUCACUGACAACAGGGGGCGCACUGCCCUGCACCAUGCUGCAAUUUCGGGGUGUGUCUCCUCGGUCAGUCUGCUUUGUGAACAUGGAGUCCCCCUUGAGGCCAGCGACCAGGAGGGGAGCACCGCGCUGAUGCUGGCGGCCGCGCACAGGCGGCGGGCAGUGUGUGAGGAGCUGGCACGCAGAGGGGCGCGCUUGAAUGCUGCCGACGGGCGGGGCAGGACCCCACUGAUGCUGGCAGCAGGUGCAGGGUGUUUGGACACAGUGGCCGGGCUGCUGAAGUUGGGUGCUGACCCCACACCCCUAGACCAGCUGGGUAGAGAUGCUGUCCACUAUGCCAGGGAGGCUGAGAACCACGAGAUCUCUGGUCUGCUGAGUGCUCCGCACCAGGUGCCUGCAGGACCAGAAGAGGUGACAGCAAACAAUGCAGAGAACACAAGGGGAAUCCCCAGUGUCGCAGUUGAGCCGCUGCCUGGGGAGGUCGCAGAGGAGAAUGCCACAGACCGGGACUUGAGGCCCAGGCAGGAGGAGAGCAGGGAGGCCGCCCAGCUGAGACGGGAGCUGAGUCUGAGAGGGAGGCGGUGCGAGACCCUGGCCAGGGAGGUCGACGCCCUGCGAGGCAGGCUGAGGCAGCAGGCCAGGGCUCUGCAGGCCUUGCUGGAGCAGGAGGGGGAGGGAGGUGGAGAGGGAGAGGCGGAGGAGCUCCUGGAGAGGCUGGCCGCACUCCUGCGGGAGAGGAGAGGGAGCAAGGGGAGUCCGAGGAGGCCGGAGGACGUGAGGAGGGAAGUGGAAGUGAAGAGGAGGAAGAAAAGAGAGAGCGUGGAGGAGGAGCGCCUGGAGGCAGCGCAGAGGCUGGAGGAGGCCCUGGAGGGCAAGAGUAGCGCGGAGAGGCGGCUGGCCGAGAUCGAGGGCCACCUGGAGAACAUGCGGGCCGUGCUGGGGCAGUACGAAACGCGCAAGAGGAUGCAGAGCACCGUCAUCGCCGACCUGGAGGGGCAGGUCCGGGUCUGCGGGGGCGGAGGGGUGGGGUGGUGUCAGUGUGCUUUGUUUUAG